AUGGAUCAAAUCAAAGCGCGCAUGGCGGCUCUCCGCGUCGAGGCAGACUCCUCUGCCGCACAGGCCGAAGAGUUCAAGGCCAGAGUCAAGACACUCGAAUCCGAGAAUCUCGCCAAGGAACAAGAGAUUACCUCGCUAUCACACAAGAAUCAGGUACUUGAAGAAGAGGUCGAAAAGCUCGAGACCAAGAUCAAGGAGUACAAGGGCAUCGCCGAUGAGAGCUCGCACUCAGGAAGGAACGCUGAGGGCUUACAACGGAAAGUACAGUUGCUCGAGGAAGAGGCUGAAGAAGCCGACCGAAACAUCCGAGAACUCAACGAGAAGCUGCGCCAAACCGACGUCAAGUCCGGACACUACGAACGCAAGGUGCAGGCUCUGGAGGCAUCCCGAGAUCAAUGGGAAACCAAGUACGAGGAGCUGUCCAAGGCACACGAGAAUACAAAGAAGGAGUUGGCGGACUUCGUCGCCGAGAUCGGCAACAUCUAG